AAUAGAAAGAAACAUACUGUACAGUACCGCUGCUCUCUCUCCACUCAUGUAGAGUUUUAAACAGAGAAGGCUCUUCUUCCUCAUCACAAGAAACCUGGAAGCCUAUAUAAGUAGCAGAAAGCGAGAUAAAGGAAGAAGGAUUUCGUGGCAUUGUGAUCCAGAGUUUGACGCCUCGGAAGGGAAUGUUGGAGCGGCGAUGGAGUUCUGGCCGGAGUUCUUGGCGAGCAGCUGGGGAAGGGAGUUCGUGGCAGGAGGGCUCGGAGGGAUGGCUGGCGUCGUCGCCGGUUAUCCCUUCGAUACGCUUCGAAUCCGCAUACAGCAGCCGGCCGGACGGGCGGUCGAUGGCUGCCGACCUUCCGCCACCGCCUUGUUUCGAUCAAUCCUGCGCUCCGAGGGCCCCGCUGCUUUGUAUCGCGGCAUGGCUGCCCCCUUGGCUUCGGUUGCCUUCCAGAAUGCAAUGGUUUUCCAAGUAUAUGCUGUGUUGUCAAGAGCUUGUGAUCUAGACAAGAAGAACGAACCUCCUUCCUACAAAAGUGUAGCCCUCGGUGGGUUUGGAACCGGUGCCUUGCAAAGUUUCCUGCUAAGUCCAGUAGAACUUGUAAAGAUCAGACUUCAAUUGCAGACACUGAACCACCACCAUCAUAGCUGCGGAAAAUCUGAGGGCCCUCUCACCAUCGCCAAGAGAAUUCUGCAGACCGAAGGCCUGCGCGGAAUCUACCGAGGCUUCGCAAUCACCAUUCUAAGAGAUGCUCCAGCUCAUGCAGUUUACUUCUGGACUUACGAAUAUGCCAGGGAACAUUUGCACCCUGGCUGUCGAAAGCGGGCCGAUGAAAGCUUGGGCACAAUGCUCAUUGCCGGAGGACUGGCCGGAGUUGCAAGCUGGGUAUGUUGUUAUCCUCUGGAUGUGGUGAAGUCUAGGCUUCAGGCGCAGUCGCCGCCUCGAGGAAGUCGGCCACCGCCGAGAUACAAUGGAAUCAUUGAUUGUUUUCAGAAAAGUGUUCGAGAAGAAGGCUAUUCAGUUCUGUGGCGUGGAUUAGGAACUGCAAUCACCAGAGCAUUUGUUGUGAAUGGAGCUAUCUUUUCUGCAUAUGAGUUGGCUCUUAGGUUCUUGGUUAAUGGUGGCCAAAGAAUAAGCUUAGAGAAGAGUUGAAUGAAUGAAUAGAGAACAAAGGUACUCUCAAACAUUUCUUUGUGAUUGGAUUUUCAAUAUGUUUCUUUGAUUGAAAGAAUAAUAUUCUCUUAUUCAUCUAUUUGCAAAUCAUGAAUGUGUAACAUAAUGCAUACUACUAUUUCAUGAGAUUAAAGAUUUGUUUAAAUGGUUUGGGUGA